AUGGGCUGGGAGCUCGGAGGCUGGGAGGGACUGCCUUUACCUGCCGAGGAGUCCGGAAAGGAGGUUCCCAGCAUACUGAAAGCAGAGGAAGAGAUAGCAAAAUUUACGGUCGAUGAACACCUCAGUGACGUUGAGCGUACUGUACUUUACCUUAACGGGGGUCAUCUUAUCCAGCAACGUCAUGCAAUCGCGAACUUGCCAGCCGUCCUAAAAGGGCGGGGACGGCCCGCAUUCGACGCCAUAUCACAACCGCUUAAAGCGGCGCUUAACAGGUUGGAUUCGGAGGCGCAGAUUGCCACAGCAGAAGCGUUUGCGACUAUAGCCCGCGAGCGGCUGCUGUCGCCGGUGGAUCUACAGGUCUGCAUCCUACCGACCGUCACUCGGAAUAUAAACAGGGAAAAGUCUGAAGAGGAGACGGACGCAUGGCUCAAUACCCUUUUCGAACUUAUACCCUUGAUGGACAAGGAGGUGCUCAAAACCGAGGUGCUAUCUCUGGCGCUCUCCAAAGGGGACGUGGAGGGUGUUGUGGGGUCAAAGACCAUUUGCGUGCGCAUCCUUGGCGCGCUGGCACCGCGCCUGACAUGGGAGGAGAUCGAGCGGACCUUCUUUAAAAAGGCGCUCAGUAUGUGCCAGGAUGUGGACCAUCAUAUCCGCAUCGCAUCGUGCGGACAGCUUUCCAGCAUUGCGCGGAUCGCUGGGCGGGACGUGGUGGCCAAAACUAUUCUUCCGGAGCUGUUCGAGCUGCUGAAUGACGAGGAGGUCCAGGCGCGGGUUGCAUCCUUGACAACGUUGACCACGAUACUUGACCUGGUGCCAACUGAGGUCCGAAAGGGGCAGGUGAUGCCCAUCCUGCGAAAUCACAUGCAGCCGCUGGAGCUGGACAUUGCGAUGCAGAGGUGCCUGGCGCGAAUGUUCGGGCAACUGGUUACUGUGAUCAAGGCGGACUUUGAGCACGACGACUCGGUAUUGUUCUUCUCUUGCUUCAAGCACCUCGCAACCAAAUCCGACGUGGAGCUGCGGCGACUGUGUGCGGGGCAGCUGCCGGCGGUGCUGCGCGCCGCGACUGCGCUUUCCACCACGGCCUUUGCACAGCAAUUUCAGGACACACUCAUCAGCCUGGCCACUGACCCGGAUGUGGAUGUCCGCAAAACCGUUGCGGCGCAGCUGCACGAGGUGGCGCGGGUAGUGGGAAAGGACUGCCCGGCGCAGCUCACGCGUCCGCUGUGCCGGCUACUGCGUGACGAGGUGUCGGCGGUGCCGGCGGCGCUGCUGCCGACGUUGCCGCAAUGCCUGGGGCAUUGGCUGAUUCGCGACGACACCCGCCGUGAUACCGCUAUAGGCGAGCUUGCAAAGGCGCUACUGGAGCUGGAGGCGUCGAUGAGGCGAAACUGGCGCAUGCAGCAGCAGCUGGCAACGGCAUUUCCCAUCUUUCCGCAGGCACGUGUAUUCUCUAGUGACCAGAUCUACGAACAGUUCUUGCCUAUCACGUUCCGGUACCUCACAGAGACGGCCGCCGCGGUGCGGCCGGUGGCGGCGGAGGGGCUCGUGUGCUUCUUGCGCUACAACAGGCGGGAAAAGCAGCGGGCGGAUAUUAUGCUCCGCAUCGUCCGUGAGUUCUGCCGGGGGCGAUCUUUCGUGGCACGCAUAACAUUCGUGGAUAUUGCGGCAGCGCUAUUGCGGCGAUUCUCCUCACGGUUUAUAAAGGAGUAUAUCUUUGACCUGGUCCUGGAGCUGUUGUACGAUCCAGUGCCUAACGUACGACUGUCGGUGACUUCGCUGCUGCCAGCUCUCAAGUCGUGCAUCAAGCUCCCCGAGGAUGUAGACCUGCUGGAGCGGCUCAACAGCGGCAUGUCCAACAUCAUGACGGACAAUGACCGGGACGUUUCGCAGAACGCGCGCUCCACGAAUGAGCAGUUCAAAAAGACGCCGAUGCGGAUGGGCGGGGCGGGCGGUGGAAUGCUGGACAUGAACGGCAACAUGGGCUCACUGUCCGCUCCCGGCAUCGGGUUCGGGCUGGGCUCCCCCUCGCCUAGCAUAGAGAACGAAGACCGGCGGAAGGAGGACGAGGAGUCGGACUUCACCUUCUCACAGGAUGACACCAAGGAUAUUAAGGGGGAAAUCUUACAAGUAGGGCCCAUGAAGGGCAAAGGUGCCCUCUCCCCAUUGGCCGGCAAGAACUCGGUUCAGCGGCGGCCGGGGAGUUUGACGCCACUGGGACGGGUGUGUCGGGGCCCGGUACCCGCAUCACCCCCGCAGCAGCGGCAACACCUCACCGCCGGGAUCCAGCGGUUCCGGCACCUCGGGAAACAACGGCCUGCGCCUGCCUGCCAUCACGACACGAUCGUCACCUUCAGCAUCGCCCACCACUGGCAUGGUGAAGCCGGGCUAGAUGCAUUAAUCAUCGUUGAAGGCUUCAACGACUGCAUUGCCGUUCAUCGGUCGGUUCGAUCGCCGGUGUACGUGCUGAGCGGUGGCUAUGCUUUGGCCGAGGAGAUGAAGCCGGAGCUACGUUAUGUUGCAGGGCUAGCUGCCUCUGGACAGCUCCCCAGCCAAGUGGUCGUCUUCACGGAUCCUGACUGGCAGGGGCGCAUGUUCCGCACGUACUUAGAUGAUAUCUUUCGGCAACCAGCUUUGCCCGCAGCGGAUCAAUCACUGGUUGCCGCUGCCCCACUCAAGGGUAUGAAGCCGGGGAAAGGGUUAAUAGUACGACACGCAUUCCUGCGAGUGGAGCAGGGGACAAGCGAGGUCGCCAGCAGGUACCACGAUGCCGGGAACGUGGGUGUGGAACACGCCUCCCCGGAAGUCAUCCGCACCAGCCUCGUGCGUGCGCGGCCCGGCUUUUUGCCUGGACGCACGGAGUUCAGUGUGGAGCAGCUCAGGGCAGAUGGGCUCAUCGGCAGUUGGGAUGACAAGCAACAGGUGGCGGGGCCUCAGCUGCGGCGGGGGCGCUUCUGCCGUGCAUUGGGCAUUGAUGAGGUGGGCACCGGUAAGGGGCUGGUUAACCUGCUGAAUCGCUUUUUCACAAGGGAGGAGUACGAGGCGGCCUUGAAGGUCGCCGUGAGCGAGGACCCCUAG